GUCCAGCCCCGCCUCUGGGUGUGUGGCGUGGGCACGCCGGCCGCUCAGAAAGCGCGGGAAAGGCACGCAGCCACGCCCCAAGGGCGCAGCCUAGGACAGGGGCUUCUGGAGCUUCUGGCAGCCGUCUGCGCUCAUGGCCUUUGCACCUAUGGGGCCCGAGGUCUCGUUCUUCGAGGUUUUGGACCGACACAGGGAGUCCCUGCUGGCUGCCCUGAGGAGAGGUGGCAGGGAGCCCCCAAGUGGGGGAAGCCGCCUGGCCUCGAGUUCUGAGGUUCUUGCAUCUAUAGAAAAUAUUAUCCAAGACAUAAUCACAAGCUUGGCAAGAAAUGAAGCACCUGCAUUCACGAUAGACAACAGAUCAAGCUGGGAAAACAUAAAGUUUGAAGAUUCUGUGGGUCUUCAGAUGGUAUCCCAUUGCACCACCAGAAAGAUCAAAAGUGAUUCACCAAAAUCAGCUCAAAAAUUUGCUCUAAUCCUUAAAAUAUUGUCCAUGAUUUAUAAAUUAGUACAGAGCAACACUUAUGCAACCAAAAGGGACAUAUAUUACACUGACAGUCAACUCUUUGGUAACCAGACUGUCGUCGACAAUAUUAUCAAUGACAUUUCUUGCAUGUUAAAAGUGUCAAGGAGGAGUCUACAUAUAUUAUCUACAUCAAAAGGUUUAAUUGCUGGCAACUUAAGAUAUAUCGAGGAAGAUGGCACCAAAGUGAAUUGUACCUGUGGUGCAACGGCUGUUGCUGUGCCAUCGAAUAUUCAAGGAAUUCGGAAUUUAGUUACAGAUGCAAAGUUUGUAUUAAUUGUAGAAAAAGAUGCAACAUUUCAGCGGCUCCUAGAUGACAACUUUUGCAACAAAUUGUCUCCUUGCAUCAUGAUUACGGGAAAGGGAGUUCCUGAUCUAAACACAAGACUUUUAGUCAAGAAACUGUGGGAUACGUUUCAUAUUCCUGUUUUCACUCUUGUAGAUGCUGAUCCACAUGGCAUAGAAAUAAUGUGCAUCUAUAAGUAUGGAUCUAUGUCUAUGUCUUUUGAAGCUCAUCAUCUCACAGUUCCAGCUAUUAGAUGGCUUGGUCUUCUCCCUUCUGAUCUUAAAAGAUUAAAUGUACCUAAAGAUAGUUUGAUUCCACUGACAAAAAGGGACCAAAUGAAACUUGACAGUAUCCUGAGGAGACCUUAUGUUACCUGCCAACCAUUUUGGAGAAAAGAAAUGGAAAUAAUGGCAGACUCUAAAAUGAAGGCAGAAAUUCAAGCUUUGACUUUCCUAUCAUCAGAUUAUCUUUCCAGAGUGUACUUACCUAACAAAUUAAAAUUUGGAGGAUGGAUAUAAAAAUAAAUCAGAAGAACUUCUGAUUGCCAGAGGCUUUUCAUUAGUUUUGUUUUGAUUGGCAAAUACUAUUGUGGAAAGAACAUAUAUUAUAUUCUUAAUUCUGUAAAGGUGAAAUAAAAUAACUUUCCGUUAAUUAUAUUUUUUUUGUCAAAACAAAUGCUGUACUCCAAUUUUCUUUACAAGGCCUUAUUCUUGCCUCUAUAGAGACAGAUUUCUGUCCUAUCUUCUAAAGCAAAUUAUAAAAGAAUAUGUUAUUUUGACCCUUAAAUUAUUUUUGAAAAAAUAAUAUUUUAUACAUGUCAUCAAAGUCUACAAAACACUUUAUUUACCUUCUACGAUACAACUAAUGUUAACGCAUAAAGUAUCUUCCUGGUAACAAAAAUCAUAAUGAUCUGAAUUUGAGAUGUUGCAAAUGAAUUGUGGUGUCCAGUAGUUUCUUCUUACAUUUUCCUUUGCCUUUAUACUUUAGGGGUCUUACUCCAUUAAUUCAUUUGUUACAUUAGUAAAAUUCAGUAUGAAUAAAUAUUUGGAUUGAUGUA